AUACUGUUUUGGCAUUGUCCAGCACUUACGUUUUGUUUUAUGUUAUCGACAGCAGUGUCAUUUGCCUGAACUUAUCGUUCUGCGUGAAGUUUUGUUUAUUCUAUACGAAAUUUGCAAAAUGUGGAAAUACGGCCAGAACCAGGGUAAUCAAGGACCGUCGGGCGGCGGCGGCGGAGGCGGUGGCCCCAACAUGAUGCCCAUGGGCGGAUUCGGCAUGCAGCACGGCAAUAUGCAGCAAAUGCACAUGUCGCCGCAACAUCAGCAGCAACAACAACAAAUGGGCAUGAUGGGCGGACCGGGCGGCAUGCAGAUGAAUCCCCAGGGACCUGGAGGUCCCGGCGGCCUGAUGCCCGGCAUGUCUCCGCAGCACCAGAUGCAGCAGCAGCAACAGCAGCAGAUGAUGCAGCAGCAAAUGAUGGUGCCCCAACAAGGAGUGGGCGUCGGAGUGGGAGCGGGUGUGGGAGUGGGAAUGGCCGGCGGCUUGGGAAUGGGCGGAGGCGGCGUGGUUCCCCAGCAGCAGCAGCAACAGCAGCAGCCCCAACAAAACAUGCCACAGCAGAACAUGCCCCAACAGCAGCAGCAACUCAAUCCGGGUGCAGGCAUUCCACCUGGCGGAGCCGGGGGCAACAACAACAUGCUGGCCAUCUCGCAGCAAAAUCCUCACAAGGAGAUUAACAUUGUUCAGCUGUCCCGUCUCGGCCAGGAGACCGUGCAGGACAUCGCCUCACGCUUCCAGGAGGUCUUCGCCUCCCUCAAGAACAUCCAGCCCACCUCGCACAGGGACAACAACAGCGAGAAGAAGGUGCAGGAGUACUUCCGCACCAUCCGGCUGCUCUUCAAGCGGGUGCGCAUCAUCUACGAGAAGUGCAACGACGCCGGAAUGGAUUACAUGAGCGCCGAGAGCCUGAUCCCCUACCGCGAUGAGCCGGAACCGAGAAUCGAGCCCUCGCAGUGCGAUGAGUACCGAAAAGUGCUGCAGGAGAACCACGAGCUCAUCGAAACCGUCAAGCUGAAGAACAGGCAGCUGCGCGAGAUCAUCGAUCGGACGCGCAUCAUCAUCUGGGAGAUCAACACCAUGCUGGCCAUGCGGCGCUCAUAGGCUUAGAGAUUCUAGACAUGUAAUAACGUAUAAAUAAAACUAAGAACCAUUGCCAAAAAGCAAUUCUAUAG